AUGGUAUUGGAUGCUUCAGCCAAUGGAGCCAUUCUUUCCAAGUCUUACAAUGAAGCAUUCGAGAUUUUGGAAAGGAUUGCAAGCAAUAACUAUCAAUGGUCAACCACUAGAGCCCCUACAAGUCGAAAGGUGGCGGGAGUUCUUGAAGUUGAUGCGUUAACCGCUCUAACCGCUCAAAUGACCUCAAUGACCAACAUUCUAAAGAACAUGAGUUUGGGAGGGAACAUACAGCCAGCCGCUGCCAUUCAAAGUGUAGAAAUCUCAUGUGUUUAUUGUGGAGACGGACAUACUUUUGAGAAUUACCCUUCGAAUCCAGCCUCGGUUUGCUAUGUGGGUAAUCAAAAUUUCAACCGCAACAACCCAUAUUCAAACUCUUACAAUACAGCUUGGAGACAUCAUCCAAACCUGUCAUGGGGGGGUCAAGGAGCAAGUUCAAGUGGAGCACAAGCACAAGGAAAACAGUCAUUUCCACCGGGGUUUCCUCAACAACCAAGAGCUCACCAACCUCAAGGCUCUCAAUCAAGUUCUUUGGAGAGUUUAAUGAGAGAUUAUAUGGCCAAGAAUGAUGCUGUAAUUCAGAGUCAAGCAGCCUCUCUCCGGAAUCUUGAAAUUCAAUUGGGGCAUUUGGCGAAUGAUUUGAAAAAUAGGCCACAAGGUUCCUUGCCUAGUGAUAAAGAGAAUCCAAGGAGGGAUGGCAAAGAACAAUGCAAGGCAAUCAAUCUAUGGAGUGGGAAAAAUCUGGAAGUGAAUGAGGAGAAAACAAAGGGCAGCAAGGAGCCCACUUCAAUCCAAACCAAGGGGGAAACGAGUAAAAAACCAGCAAGUGCAACUGCUGAAUUCUCCCCAGUUGAUACAACAUCGGGUCAGCAUUCUACUGCAGAAAAGACUUUACACAAGCCACCUCCGCCAUUCCCUCAAAGAUUUCAAAAACAGCAACAAGAUGGCCAAUUCCGAAGGUUUUUAGACGUUUUGAAGCAACUCCAUAUCAAUAUACCACUAGUGGAGGCCUUGGAGCAAAUGCCAAAUUAUGUAAAGUUUUUUAAGGACAUUUUGACUAAGAAAAGGAGACUUGGUGAGUUUGAAACGGUGGCCUUGACGGAAGGCUGUAGUGCCAUGUUGAAGAGUAAAAUUCCUCCUAAGUUGAAGGAUCCGGGUAGCUUUACAAUUCCUUGCUCUAUUGGUGGAAGAGAUGUGGGUAGAGCUUUAUGUGACUUGGGAGCUAGUAUUAACUUGAUGCCCAUGUCUAUUUUUAAGAAGUUGGGAAUUGGAGAAGCGAGGCCAACUACAGUCACUUUGCAAUUGGCAGAUCUUUCUAUGGCGCACCCGGAAGGAAAAAUUGAAGAUGUACUUGUGCAAGUUGAUAAAUUCAUUUUUCCGGCUGAUUUCAUCAUCCUUGAUUAUGAAGCGGAUAGAGAUGUUCCUAUUAUCUUGGGUAGGCCAUUUUUAGCUACCGGGAGGACCUUGAUUGACGUGGAAAAAGGGGAUCUCACAAUGAGAGCUCAAGAAGAACAGAUAACUUUCAAGGUAUUCAAUCCUAUACGUUCUCCAGAUGAAGUAGGAGAUUGUUUUGCCAUCACUGUCAAGAACUCUAAUAUGGAGGAAGAGGUACCCACAAGGUAUAACAAGAAAGUGAAGAUGAGGCUAUCUCUUAAAGAAUUUGAGAGCAACAAUGAGCUAGGGGCAAGUAUAAACAAGGCACCAUCUCAUUUGCAAGAGCCACGUAGAAAGAAGAAAAAGAAGUGUGGUAGGAAAGCUCAUUGA